AUGGCCGUCCAACCUAAACAAAACCCGAUUGUGCUGGUGAUCGACUUUCACCAUGCGCGGGGUCCGGAGAUCGAGCUUUGCAUUGGUGACGAGGGAACGAGCCCGGCUACGGAUAAUGACUGGUCCCUAUUGCCUUUCAUGGCAUUAUCGGAUGGCGCACACCUUUCGACCGAAGAAUUCUCGUAUUUCACAUUACGCCGUAAGGAAACAUCUACUGUACCUGCUACCUCGCUUUUCGGCAUUGCUUGCUCCCGCCAGCUCGACUCGAGCCUUUUGAUCAAUCGCCCGCCGGAAGUGACUCGGUCUACUGUACAAAAGGCUGUGGUGGUGGUUACGGAUAGCCCGCAGAGGGUGGGUCUAUUGCGCGAGAAAUUGUCUGUUGUUACCUCGGCUUGGUUUGCUCAACGGGAUUUCUCUGAUAUUGAUAUUCUGAGGAAAUUCCGCGAGGGUCUGGUGAUCAGCUUGUCGAAUGAUGAAUCGAAAGAUCAGAAUCUAGGUCUUUCUCUCCGUGAAAUGAUUCACGAGUUCAAAUAUCAGACGCUGGUUCUAUUCAAAGGAUUGCUGCUACAGCCUAAGAUGCUCUUUUUCGGCACUCGUUGCGAGCGUCUAUGCAUGAUUCAAUUCUCUCUUAUUUCUCUAAUACCCGGUCUCAUCAAUUCCCUUCAAGACUGUGCGGAUCCUUCGUUUGACAGCUACGCGGAGACCGUUGAGAAACCGACUUCGCUUAAGACGAGUGAUCGAAGCUCCCUGCUGGCAUAUAUGGGUCUGCCAUUGCAAAUCUUCGGCAAGGGAAGCAUGUUCGGACCUUAUACCCCUUUACAGCAGCUGGAUCUGCUAGCUGAUGAUGGGACCAAGUCCUACGUGGUGGGAUCAACGAAUUCCCUGCUAUUGCAACAAAAGGACCGCUAUAGCGACAUUUUAAUCAACCUUGACGAAGACAGCAUCAACAUCUCAUCUCUGCCCCUCCGCACUGCUCUCACACUCUCCGUGGCUGAUAGACGCUGGAUCGAUCUUCUCACUCAGAUCGUCAACGACACAUGGGAUGAAGCUCACCCAUCACGGCCCAAGACCCUCGGCUUCAUGGGCUCGGAAGAGUUCAUCCGACUCCAAUUCGAAGAGUACCUACUUGCCCUCCUAUCGUGCAUGAAGUACCACGAAGAACUCAACUCGUAUACCUCCGGCGACUCACCGCACCGAGGUAGAGCGCAGUUACAAACUUUCAAUAUCGAAGGCGAUCCCGCCCUUGAUUUCAACGUAGAGUUCCUCACACAGUGGCAGAAGACCUCCAACUACGCCCUUUUCUCAAAGCUAACCUCCGAUGCGCUCCUCUUCUCAAUCACCGAACCCCGACACCCAAGUGCCGGCGGCCUGACGAUGGAAGACGUCCAGCGCCGUCUAUCCCAGCAAGUCGCCGAUCUCCAUCUGGACGAGCGCGUCCGCGAAGGCCGAGAAGCACUCAACCGCCACCUAUCAACGGGCCAGAAGAAAGUAAGCGCCGCUUUCAACAGCUUCUGGUCUGACAUCGAGUCCAUGCGCGAAGCCCAAAGGAAACGCAACGAAGAGAAAGCCUCGCAAUCACAGCGUACAUCCCUCGACAAAGAAGGUCAAGGUCCCGGCUCGCCUCCUCCGCAACCAGCACCAGACUCUCCGUCCGAAACAUCUGGAUCAUGGUUCAGCCCACGCCAAAGACCAUCCAUCGACGUAACUCAAGCCCAAGCCUCUGUAUCCGCCGCCAGCCAAAAAGCUGGCGCCUAUUUCAGUUCAUGGGGCUCAUGGGCAAGCGACAAGCGUCGCGAGUGGCAAGACAAACGCACGUCCUCGCCCGCUCCUACUCCCAAUCCCGGUAUGACCGCCUCACCAUCAACGCCCGUCCUACCAACCGUCAGCGAGACAGUCUUCGAUUCAGACCGUGGUCGCCGCCGCUCGAUGCACCGACACAGCGAAGACGGUGAAGGUUUAUCGCGCAGUCUGAGCCGUCGCAAGCGAUGGAGUAAUAUCAUUCUCCGUCGUGAAAGCGGCGAGUUCAAGCGUGAAGAGUCGGAUGCUGCGGACAUGCCAUUCCCAAAGUCCCCUUUAUCCCAGGGUUUCACGGAAUAUGGCACCGAAGCUGAGAAGAAGAAGCAUGACCUUACUGCGCAGGAUAAGCCUCUUCCUGAGCCCCGUACUGAUGACGAUGGAUUUACUUCUGUGUCCCUCACACCCUCAGAAGGACUGCGUGUGGAUCUGAACCCUGAGAAGAACAAAUCUGUGCACGAUGCGGCAACGGUGCUCCCCGUUAAACAUGAAGAGCAGCACCCAUCCGAAUCAACUGAGGACUCGGUCAAGGAGUCCGUCAGCACUCAGUGA